GUUUAACUCAGUGCAUCCUACCUAAUCAAUCAAUCCUCCAUUACCUAAACUCCAGCCGCUUCCGUGAUUCUUCUUAUCAAUCAUUUCCAUGAAUGGAUCCUCCAUCAUCGCCACCAUCAGAACCUCCACGAUGAGAACGCCGGCGGCUAUUAUGAAACAUGUUGAGUCCUUCCAUUUCCGCUGCUUCCUCCUCACCAAACCCUUCUCGUCAUUCCCUUCAUCUCUUCCCAUAGACCCUGAGCCACCCGAUCACGAUCUCCCUUUGCUCCUUCACUCCAUUCUCUCCAAACCCAAUUGGCAAAAGCACCCUUCCCUCCCUAAACUCCUCCCUUCCAUUUCCCCUUCCCAUGUCCAUUCCCUCUUCUCCCUCAACCCUUAUCUUCUCCCCCAAACUGCUCUCGAUUUCUCCUAUUGGAUCUCCCAGAAACCCACUUUCAAACACUCUGUUUAUUCCUAUUCCGCCCUUUUGAACAUCCUUGUUGCUUACAAGUUCUUCGGCCCUGCUGACAAAAUACGCCUCGCCAUGAUCAAAUCCUCCGCUUCCAUCCACGAAUCCCGGUUCGUUUUUGAAUUACUAAUGGAAAUGAAUAAGAAUGAGCAACUUCAUUCCUGUUUUAAGCUUUCCCUUAGAUCCUACAAUUUUUUGUUGAUGUCGUUAUCGAAAUUCUUGAUGAUUGAUGAAAUGAAAUCCGUUUAUAGUGAGAUGUUGAACAAUAGGGUUUCACCCAAUAUUUUUACUUGGAAUACUAUGGUUAAUGGUUAUUGUAAGAUUGGGAAUGUGGUUGAGGCUCAACGCUAUGUCACUAAAAUCGUCCAAGCGGGAUUAAAUCCCGAUACCUUUACUUAUACUUCGUUAAUAUUGGGGCAUUGUAGGAAUAAGGAUGUAGAUAGCGCAUUUAGGAUUUUUAGAAUGAUGCCAAGUAAGGGUUGUCGAAGAAAUGAGGUUUCGUAUACGAAUCUUAUUCACGGUCUAUGUGAGGCUGAACGGGUUGAUGAGGCUAUUAAGUUGUUUGAGGCGAUGGGGGAGGAUUUUUGUUAUCCUACGGUUCGUACAUACACUGUGAUUAUUUUUGGAUUGUGUGAAACUGGGAGGAAGUCAGAAGGAAUAAAAUUGUUCAAGGAAAUGUCACAGAAAGGGUGUGAGCCGAAUGCUCAUACUUAUACAGUAAUCAUUGAUAGCUUAUGUAAAGACAAUAAGGUUGAUGAGGCAAGGGAAAUGGUAGGUAGGAUGUUAGGGAAAGGGCUGGUUCCAAGUGUGGUCACCUACAAUGCUUUGAUUGAUGGAUACUGCAAACAUGGAGCAAUGGAGGCUGCAUUGGAAGUUUUGGGUACGAUGGAGUCUAAUAAUUGUUUUCCCAAUGAGCGAACCUAUAAUGAAUUGAUAGCUGGGUUUUGUAAGAAGAAUGUUCACAAGGCAAUGGCAUUUCUUGAUAAGAUGCUUGAACUUAAGCUGGUACCUAAUGUGGUCACAUAUAAUUCAUUAAUUCAUGGGCAAUGUAAAAUGGGGCAGUUGGAUAAUGCCUUUAGGCUGCUUGAGAUGAUGAAGGAGAAUGGUUUGGUUCCUGACCAAUGGACUUACAGUGUUCUUAUUGACUCCCUUUGUAAAGUUGAUAGGAUAGAAGAAGCGCGUAAUCUCUUUGACUCUCUCAAGGAGAAAAGCUUAAAAGCAAAUGAAGUUAUAUAUACUGCUUUGAUUGAUGGAUACUGCAAGGUUGGGAAAAUUGGAGAUGCUAAUUAUUUGCUUGAUAGAAUGAUUAAUCAGGGCUGCUUGCCAAACUCAUGCACUUACAAUGCCAUUAUAGAUGGGUUGUGCAACAUGAAAAAUAUGAAGGAAGCAUUGUCGACGGUGAAAAAGAUGGCAGGGAUGGGUGUGAAGCCUACGGUAGAUACCUAUACAAUUUUCAUCAAAUGGAUGCUUAAAGAAGGUGACUUCGAUCAUGCGCAUGGGAAUCUUGAUCAACUAAUUUCCUCAGGAUGUCAACCUGAUGUAUUAACCUAUACUGCUUUUAUUCGUGCAUAUUGUGGUUCAGGGAGACUAAAAGAAGCAGAGGAUAUGAUGAUUAGGAUGAAGGAAGAAGGAGUUUUUCCUGAUUCUUUGACAUACACAUUACUUCUAGAUGCAUAUGGAUGCCUGGGAUUGAUGCAUUCUGCAUUUGAUGUUCUCAAAUGUAUGUUUGAUGCUGGCUGUGAGCCUUCUCAUCAUACAUACUCUAUUUUAUUCAAGUAUCUGUUGAAGGACCGAGGGACAAAGGAUGACAGCUCUGCAGUGAAUUUGGUUUCAAAUGGCAUGUUGUUUGAUCAUGCUGAUGUCUGGAAGUCAAUGGAAUUUGACACUGCUUUGGAAUUGUUUGAGAAAAUGCGUCAGCAUGGUUGUGUACCCAAUGCUAACACUUAUGGCAAGCUUAUUAUAGGACUUUGCAAAGUUGGCCGCUUUGUCGUAGUACAGAAGUUAUUUGAUCAUAUGAGAGAUCAAGGAAUAUCUCCUGGUGAAGAUGGCUACAACUCUCUUCUUAAUUGUUUCUGUGAGUUGGGAAUGUAUGAUGAUGCUAUGAUAGUGGUGGACCUAAUGAUCAAAUCUAGCCAGUUACCCUAUCUGGACUCCUACAGGCAACUGAUUUGUGGACUAUAUGAUCAAGGGGAUAAGGAGAAGGUUGAUACACUUUUCGCCAACUUGCUUCGUUGUGGUUAUAGUAGUGAUGAAGUAGCUUGGAAGAUUCUUAUUGAUGGUUUACUGAAAAAGGGGCUUGCUGAUAGAUGCAGUGAACUCUUAAGCAUCAUGGAAAAAAUGGGCUGCCAGCUCCACCCUAAUACAUAUUCAUUGUUAAUUGAAGGAAUUGAUGGAGCGUAGAUUCUUUGUAUUUUAUCUUUUGAGAUUCUUGCAUUUUUGUUACUGAAGGGGGCCAUUGCAUUGCUCUUCCUCCUAUAUGGGUGCUAGUGAUGUACAGAUUGAAAACUGCAUUCCUUUCUACAUGCAGUCUCAAUACAUAAAACCUGGGGAACUUGUUUAAAUUGAAGCAUUUCUACGAGGCUGGAACUGAGGGAGCAGUUUUUCAGUGUGAAGCUCACACAUCCCUGAAUUCCUGGUCACGGUAGUGGUAAUGGCCCCUCAUCAUGCAAACCGCUCUAGCUGGCAAUCUAGAGGCAAGUACACAGUUUCUUUUGUCCUAUUUGUUCAAAUAAUAGUAUUACAUCCCUGAAUUCCUGGUCAAGGUAGUGGUAAUGGCCCCUCAUCAUGCAAACCACUCUAGCUGGCAAUCUAGAGGCAAGUACACAGUUUCUUUUGUCCUAUUUGUUAAAAUAAUAGUAUUUUUGAGCUCUCUAUUAAUCUUGUUCUUUGUAGUUCUAUCCUAAACAGCAUAAAUGAAGUACUAAAUUGUAUCCUGUAUAAGUCAGGCAGGCACAUCAGAAAUUGUGCUUAAAUUAAUUCACCAUUAUUAAGUUGCAAAGUUCUUUUCCAAAUAUUUUCACAUGAUUUACCUUGGAUGGUUUUUGUUGAGCAAGAUACUAUCAAGGCAUUUUAGUAAUUGAAAAAAACUGCUUUUGACAUAAAAAUUAUAUUUACCGAUGGCCUAUGGUUUACGGAUUUAGAAGGAUUUGUAACCAUCCAGUAAACGUCUAAAGGAAAAUGUGCAGAAAAUGGUUCAUAUGAUUGAUAGAGUUCCUUUUGUUGCCUGAUUAUCUUGUUUUCCUGUUUAGUUCUGACAUGUUCUUGACCUUGAAAUUGAAGGCUUUUCUGCUAAUCCUCAGUAACUUGGCUUUUGUAUCAUCUCCUUAUUUGCAGGAAUUUUACCCUUUUUGGCGCUCUUUUCACUUUUCUUAUCGUACAUAACUUGAAUGGAAUCUGUUUACAGUUGAUUUGGUUAGCAAAGUUUGGGAAGAAUGACCAUAUAUUUUACAAUUCAACUUCCAUUUUUGUAUGCCUUUUCUAUAGUUAUUGAAAGUUGUGGGUAUUAGGAAAUGUUCAAUCACUUAAAUCGCUCAUCCUUUGGUUCGAAUGUGAAGUGUAGAAUAUAAUCUUUGUUAUCUUUGGUCACAGAACAAUGCAUUUAAGGGUAUGAAAGAAGCAAGCAUUUUACUCAGAAAAAUGGGUAAGUCCUCCACAAGACAAGAGGAUAAUUAUGCUCAACAGAAAGCAUUGCCUGCUCACAAGAGCUGGGAAAAAGCCUACUGCAGUGAAAUCAGUUCCAAAGACACCAAACUGAAACAAAGGUGGCACCACCACUGGUACUCACUGAUAAUACCUCGAUUUCAAUUAUAUCCCAAAAGCUCCCUCCUUGAUUUUGAUAUCUAGAUUAGAGGUUUCUAACUGCCGAACUCUAACAUAAUAAAAAAAGAAGAUUAUGUACGGUGAUAAUGCCAUUGAAGGUGAAGCACGUAGAGCAUGAAAAUCUAUGGGGAGUGUUUAAGGUUGAUCGUAGUGUUUGGAACAAUUAGUCCAAUUUUGUUUUUGGGAAAUGAUAUGAUAAUCAUUGGUUUUGAAAGGUUUGAGAA